GGAUCUUUUAGCAAAAAUUUUGGAAACUCAAAACGAAAUGAUGUGCAGACUCGAUAUUUUGGAGAAAGCUGUAAAGGAAAAUGCGCUUGAUAGAGGUGUUUUAAUGGCACAAAACCAGAACGUAAGAGAAUGCAAGGCCGUGCUCACCAAAGUUCACCACUCUGUAAGCCGUUUGACAGGCGAAGUAGAAGACCGUACACAAAUCGAAAUAGCAGCUUCAUUGCCAAUGGUUAGCGUUGACGCCGCAUAUGAGGUUGAACAAAAAUUAAAAGCAAAAGAAUAUGCAGAAGCAAUGAAAAUAUAUUUGUACCAAAUUAAAGGCACAAGCGGAACUGUAGAUGACGUCUUACGUAAACUUAUGGCCGAUGAACUUUUGAUUUAUUCAACUUGGAUGGGAGAAAAAAUAAAAAGGCAUUAAUUAAGCUUGUGCUGGUUAAUGCAUUGUUAUUCGGUAUGUUGAUCUCGUAAAAUGUUUAUUCCAGAGACCGAAAAUAAUCGUUAUAUUUAAAAUUGGUUUGUGUUUAUUUCUCUUUUUUUAUGUAUUUUGCUUAAUA